UUAACACCGUCUGUCUCUACGAUGUUCUGUUUAGGGUUUUUCUAGGGUUUCCCUCUGUACCUUUAAGCUCAUCAACUUUGCGAGGGGGAGAGAGAAAGAGAGACGAAGCAACCAUGUCGACCCCUUCUCGUCACUCCGUCACCGGAAUCUCAUCGGAAUCAGUGUCUGCCUCAGGCCGGACAGCAGAGAAGCUGAGCCUACCGGCACUGCAAUCAAAGAUGAAGUGCGACCCAGAAGGCUACGAGACCGAGCUCAACCUCCUCUACAGUCAAUUCAAGUCCUCCAUCGAGCUCUUCCACCAACAGGCGGCUCUAAACUUCACCUCCAUCAGCGGCAUCGGCAGCGACCCCACCGUCGCCAAGGACCUCGGCGAACGAGCCAUGUUCUUGGCCCAUGUCACUCCGUUCUACCCUAAACAGCUCUCUCAGUUCCCCAAUCAGCUCGCCGAUUUGCUCCGCUCUGCAGGUCGGUCACUUCCGUCGUCACUUCGCUGUCAAGUCACUCAAGCUUUGAUACUUCUCAUCAAUCGCAAGAUGGUUGAUAUUGGGGAGACUCUUGCGCUGUUCAUGGAGCUUCAGACUCUAGGGGACAGGGUUUUGAAGAAAUUGGCAUUCUCGCAUGUUAUUCAUAGUAUUAGGCGUAUGAAUCAGAAGCAUAAAAAUGAAGCAAAGAACCGGGCUCUUCAGAACAUUUUGUUUGCAAUGCUACAGCAAGAAGAUGAAGCAAAAGCGAAACGAUCUCUUACCACACUUUGCGACCUUCAUCGGAGAAAGGUGUGGUCUGAUGAAAGAACAGCCAAUGCGAUAUGUACAGCAUGUUUUCAUACAUCGUCAAGGAUCAUGAUUGCUGCUCUUUCAUUUCUUCUUGAUUGUGAGAAGAUUGAUGACGACGACGACGAUGAUAGUGAUGGUUCAAGCAGUGAUGAUGAUUUGACUACUCAACAGCCACAUGUUAUUAUUAAUAGAGAAGCCAUCUAUAAGGCAAACCAUAAAGGUACAGUUUCUAGUAAAAAGAAAAAGAAAGCAAAAUUGGAGCGUGCCAUUCGUAGCAUGAAAAGGCAGCAGCGGAUGUCAUCAGAAACCAGUAAUUCGAAUUACUAUUCACCACUCAACCAUCUGAAAGAUGCUCAGGGAUUUGCAGAGAAGCUCUUUUCUCGCCUUCAAACUUGCAACGAACGGUUCGAGGUUAAGAUGAUGCUGUUGAAAGUAAUUGCUCGAACUGUUGGGCUUCAUCGCUUGAUUUUACUGAACUUCUAUCAUUUCCUUCAGAAAUACGUUCAGCCCCAUCAACGUGAUGUGACAAGUUUACUAGCAGCAGCUGCUCAGGCUUGCCAUGAUAUGGUGCCACCAGAUGCAGUUGAACCACUAUUCAGACAAAUAGUCAAUCAAUUUGUUCAUGAUCGUUCACGAACAGAGGCCAUAGCUGUUGGAUUGAAUGUGGUGAGGGAGAUAUGCAUGCGCAUGCCUUUGUUGAUGACAGAGGACUUGCUGCAAGAUCUUGUACUAUAUAGGAAAUCACAUGAGAAGGCAGUUUCCUCAGCUGCUCGUUCGCUCGUUAGUCUGUUCAGAGAGGUUUGCCCCUCGCUUCUGAUUAAGAAAGAUCGUGGACGCCCUACUGACCCAAAGGCAAGGCCAAAAGCAUUUGGAGAAGUGAAUGUUGCUAGCAAUGUACCUGAUGUUGAGUUAUUACAUGAUGACAAAGAUUUGGAUGGCAGUGGUGGUGAUGAUAGUGAUGAACAUGAAUUUGGUUGCUCUUCUGAUGACGAUCAAAAUGAUGAAGAGGUUAAUACUGUUAAAGAGGAUGGUGGCAGUGAUAGCAAUGCUAGUCUUGAUGAGGAAAACCAGACAUUCAGUGACACUAAUAGUGGCCUUAAUGUAGAUACUGAAAGUGACGAUGAUGAAUUGCAAGUAGAAGAUGAUGUGGCUGAAGAUGAUAAUAACUCCACUGACAAUGAGGAUAAUGUCACUGAUGAAGAUGAUAAUGAUGAGGACGAGGAUGACUAUGGCGAUGGUGAUGAGAGGGACGACUGUGAAGCAUCCAAUAAUUUCCAAAAGAAUCCCAUGGAUAAUGAGGUUGGGAAAAAAAAAUCUAAAGCACAGAAGAGGAAAUUUUCUGAUUUUGAUGAACAAUUGAAUGGUGCUGAUUCAAGUCUUCGGGCAUUAAAGAGAUUGGCAGGAGCGAAGCUGCAACCUGCAUCAUCAGAUACAACGGAUGGUAUUCUUUCUAAUGAGGACUUUCAACGAAUAAAAAAACUAAAGGCAAAGAAGGAAGCAAAGAUUGCUUUAACUCAGCAUGGACUCUUAAGAAAAGAUUCAGAUGCGAGGUCUACUACACCUUUCAAGGUUCCAAGUUCCGAUCAACUAAGUCUUAAGAGAGUGGAUCCUGACAAACUUGAAGCUCAUAUGCGAAUAAAGCUAAGCAAGGACGAAAGACUGGCAUUGAUAAGAGCUGGGAGGGAAGAGACAGGGAAGUACCAGGCUCGUACUGCUAUAAAAAAGAAAAAGACUGGUGGUUUGAGCAAUCGGCAGAAAGAGCACAAAAAGGCUAUGCCUCUUGCUGCAAAGAGAUCGAAGGUAGCAAAAUCACGAGUGGAGAAAAAGAAAAAACAGAAUCGUUCUGGCAAACAGUUUCGUGGGAGGAAAGCAUGGAAGUGAUUUGGGUUGUUUUCUGAUAUUCCUUAAUUUAAAAGUCUUAUUGUUAUCUGCUCUUAAAAAUAAUGAAACUCACAACUCAGAGAGAGAGAGAGAGCUUGCUUUAGUCACUUUUUAAGCCCUAAUGGUUUUUUUUGGAAGAGUAGCCAGGUUUGUAACCAAAGCCCAAUGAGUUUUCUUGUUCCUUUUUUUUUUUUUUUUUGAAUUAAAUUGUAUGUUGGUGCUGAUUCCUGUAAUUGAAAAAUUUUCAGUUCUUUUCUGACGUCUUAUUUUGGCUCAAGUUGUAAAGUUACACUACUCAGGUGAAUUAAGUUCUAUUUCUAAUUA